AAAGCCCUCUCGAGUGAAACUUUUCGCCGCAACUCCCUCGCGCCACCUUAAGCGCACACGCAAACGCAGGAGGCGUUCGGCGAGGUUUCCGCUUCUCAGUUGGGCUCGGACCGCGGCUCGCGAAAAACACCGUGUGUAACGCAGAAGGUUGACGCACCAAGGUGGGUGAAAAGAAAAAAAAAACAAGCCGCGAAGCGACCGGGCGACAACAUGUCUGAAUCCAAGUACCGCGAGUGGAUCUUGGACACUAUCGACUCGCUGCGGUCGCGGAAAGCCCGGCCGGACUUGGAGAGGAUUUGCCGGAUGGUCCGGAGACGACACGGGUCCGAGCCCGACCGAACCUGCGCAGAACUGGAAAAACUGAUUCAAGAGCAAACCGUGCUGAAAGUUAACUACAAGGGCUCGAUUUCAUACCGAAAUGCCGCCAAGGUUCAGAGGAGAAGCAGAAAGAAGGACGAUGUAACGUUAGCGAUGGCUGCGCGAAGGAGCGCUGUGGAAGAAGCCAGUCAUUCCGACUUGAGCAACGGGGACAGCGCGCUGGGUCCCGCUGACCAGGACGACGAGGAUCUGGAGGCUGACAACUCCGUGACUAUGGACACAGAUAGCAAUGCAGACGAGGACGGGACUGACGAGAGCAGGGACAGGCAGGACGCACCCUCGGCCGACCGCACAAACGAAGAUGCGGGUGUGCUCUGUGCUCCUGUGCGAGCCGCCUCUGCCCCCUGCUCCCCCUCCGGUACCCGACCUGGGUCAGGCCCCAGCUCGGGGCUGGACUGUGUCCCUUUCCAGAAGACUGGUGGUGAGAGGCCCAGCUCCUUGCCCCCGUCCAGCCCCAGGGCCCUCCCACACAAUGACUGGGCUUAUGAAUCGGCUGUCUGCCCAGCAGAGUGCCAGCUCCCAGGAAUGCAGCGAGACAAAGCAGCAGCCGUGAAGCCAGCCAUCAACUCUUCAACCGCCAGCCCUGAUGUUUUAAACAAUAAUGUGAAGAAAGAAGAAGGAGACAAGAUGGAAGACAUGGGCCUUUCAUCUGACCAGCUGGUACCGGACUAUGCCUCACGCCUGGAUGAGACAAAAACUGUAUCCGAUGGACCCCCACAGGCGCUGUCUUUGACGCUCGACAACUGCACAUUUAAGAAGAAGAUGGACGUAUUGCCCUUUACAGCAUCUGAAGACAGCAUCCUGAAUGGUGGUAAAGGUGAUGAAGUCUCUGUGACAAAGGAGAACAUGAGCCAGAACCUGCUGCAGUGGACGGUGGCAGACGUGGCCAGUUACUUCUCAGCUGCAGGUUUUCCGGAGCAGGCCGUGGCUUUCCGAGCACAGGAAAUUGAUGGGAAGUCCCUUCUCUUAAUGCAACGCAGCGAUGUGUUGACAGGUUUGUCCAUCCGACUCGGUCCAGCCCUCAAAAUCUACGAGCGCCAUGUCAAGGUGCUGCAGAGGACCCACUUCUUGGAAUGUGAAGACAUCUGAGGGGUCCGGUUCAUAUGACAGACAAUGCUGCAUUGACCCAAACAUGCAUGCAGUACCCCCUCCCAUCUGGAUCCCGCCGCCCACCUUCAUAUACAGACUAUAUCGAGGGUGAGUGGAGGGUGAAAGGCUGCGGUGGAAUUAACUUUCACUGUGAGAACGACCAGAAACUGACAGAAAGUCAUCCUACCUCUCAUUAUGGUCUUUGGUUUUUUGUUUCACCCGUGUGACCACGCCGUCAAGGAGGUCUACUGCUUUGUUCCGAGUUUCUUAAAACAGCGGAGCAGCCGGUGAUGCAGCCGGUGAGGCGGACUCAGCCUUGGACCAAGUGGACCGCUUUAUGAGUUAAUGCACCCAAUGUCACCAUUUUGUUUGUUGUGGUUCUGAAAUUUGUGUCCUCCCUGUAUCUAUUACAGUACCUUCUGUUAAUCAAUUUAAUUGAUACAAAGCUCAUCUGUUAAUGUCCCAGUUCGUUUAAAUGUCAUCAAAUUGCUGAGGAAGUCAGCCCAACGAUGUAUCUAGAUCAAAAGUCAGCAGAGCCUCAUUUUUGACCCUUCAUGCCACCAGUAGCUGCUGAUCUUGGGUCGUGUUUUCCAUGUCUCUGUAUCACUGAGAAAUAACCAGUAUAAUAUUCUACAAAUUGCUGAAAAGGCAUUGGAUGUUCUACGUCUGAUUUAUAAAUGACUGUGGUCCGACUUAAGUCAAUACAUUUGUGGGAGCAAAUGCAGAAAGACGAGGUGAGAGAAUAUGCGUUUCUUUUAUAUAUAUAAACAAAAAUAGUAAAAAAUCGUGAGAAUUGUAAUUGUAAAACUGUGUGUAUUGUUUUAAAUUCAAUACAGCUGCUUCAUGCCUGUUUACAGAGCAAAUACUUGGAUCAAAUGCAAUAUUUUAUGUUACCAUUCCCAUACGUGUCCAGUGUCACUUUGUGUUUUGCUCUAAACCAGCCACUUGAAUUGUAACAUUCCAUUGCGAUGUAGUCUACAUCUCCAGUGUAUCUCCCUUCUCAUCUGUAACACUGUCUUCUUCCAGGGCCACAAAUAAAGCUCGUGUCUCUCCCUGCA